UGAAACACUUCGCUUGGUACAUUCAUGGUCGCUUAUUCUAGAAGCAGUCAUGCUUGUCCAUGUUGCAGCGCUGAGCUUCCUCCUUUUCUCUGUCCAGAGUUUCACCAUAAAAGAUUCUCUCAAAAAGUUUCACAGACACUCAGGCAAUACCCCUGCAGAUGAGGAUUCCAGUGUUUCCACACUGAUAGAGAGGGCAAAUGUGAAUGUUGGAAAGAACCAAAAUGAACCUCUUGUGAUGUUUGGAGACAUCGCCAUACCAACUGGACUACAGAAUGCGGACGCUUGCACGAGAGACAGGUGCCUGUGGCCAAAAGCAACGGAUGGCUUUGUCUAUGUGCCUUACAGAAUUUCCAGAGCCUACUCUGGCCGAGAAAGACAGACCAUAAUUAAUGGUCUGCGAUCCUUUGCGGCUUCCACUUGCGUUCGCUUCACCCCACUGAAUGGCCAGAGGGACUUUGUGGACAUCCAGUCCCUCUCAGGAUGUUAUUCAUUUGUUGGACGUCGUGGUCGUGGUCAAGUCGUGUCUUUGAGUCGCCAGGGCUGUGUUUUCCGACAGGUUAUCCAACACGAAUUGCUCCACGCUCUGGGAUUCAAUCAUGAACAGACUCGAUCUGACAGGGACCGGCAUGUCAGAAUCCUCUUUCAAAAUGUCAUUUCUGGAAUGGAGAGCAAUUUCAGAAGGCUGAAUACAAGAAAUCUUGGCACUCCCUAUGAUUACACCUCUGUCAUGCACUAUGGAAGGUUUGCCUUUUCCAAGAAUGGACAACCAACAAUAAUCCCGAUCCCGAACGGGGAUGCAGUCAUUGGUCAGGCAACCAGAAUGAGCCCCAUUGACAUUCGUCGGGUGAACCUUCUUUAUGACUGCAGAAUGUACCUUUAACGAAACCCAGCAAACAAUUUCUAACCCUGCUUGAUUUAUUGUCAUAAAAUGUUUGCUCACAUUCUACUUAUCUCUUUUUUCGUGUACUUAUAUAAAUCACAGCAAAACAAAAAAAAAGUUUCUCUGGUUUCUUCUGCCGUUUUGCACGUUCCUUGUAGUUGUGAAAAGCAAAGUGAUUGAUGUACACUCGCUUCUUGCAUCUUAACCUAAUGCUACAUUAAAUUAUUAUGUCAAAUACUG